UGUGAGGUCACAGCUUGCAGGCCAGGUUAGGACAGGAGUAUGGUAGAGAUGCUCUCAACUGCCGUUGUGCUGGUCUUGGCAGUGUCCGUGGUUGCCAAAGAUAACACCACGUGUGAUGGCCCCUGUGGGUUACGAUUCAGGCAGAACCCACAAGCAGGUAUCCGGAUUGUCGGAGGACAGACCGCGCAGCGUGGGGCCUGGCCUUGGAUGGUCAGCCUACAGAUCUUCAUGUCCCAUAACAGCCGCAGGUACCACGCCUGUGGAGGCAGCCUACUGAACUCCCACUGGGUGCUUACAGCUGCGCACUGCUUCGAUAACAAAAAAAAAGUCUAUGACUGGAGACUGGUUUUUGGAGCACAGGAAAUUGAAUAUGGAAGAAACAAGCCAGUGAGAGAGCCUCUGCAGGAGAGAUAUGUGCAGAAAAUUAUCAUUCACGAAAAAUACAACAUUGUGACAGAGGGGAACGACAUUGCUCUCCUGAAGAUCACUCCUCCAGUUGUAUGUGGGGACUUCAUUGGGCCCAGCUGCCUACCUCAUUUUAAGGCUGGUCCUCCCAAAAUUCCCCAGACCUGCUACGUGGCUGGGUGGGGAUACAUAAAAGAGGAUGCCCCCAGGCCAUCGCCUGUCCUGAUGGAGGCACGUGUGGAUCUCAUUGACCUCGACCUGUGUAACUCAACCCAGUGGUACAAUGGGCGUGUCACAUCAACUAAUGUGUGUGCAGGGUAUCCUGAAGGCAAGAUUGACACCUGCCAGGGGGACAGUGGUGGGCCUCUCAUGUGCAGAGACAACGUCGACAGCCCCUUUGUGGUCGUGGGGAUCACAAGCUGGGGGGUAGGCUGUGCCCGUGCUAAACGUCCUGGAGUCUACACAGCCACCUGGGACUACCUGGAUUGGAUUGCUUCCAAGAUCGGCCCUAAUGCCUUGCAUUUGAUUCAGCCAGCCACCCCUCCCCCGCCUACUACUACUACUCAGUCACCAGUCUCUUUCCAGCCUCCUCUUCACUCUCCUUGGUAUUUCCAACACAUGCCACCUCGACCACCUCGGCCACGACCACCUCGGCCUCUGCUACACCGACCAUCGCAAGGCCAAUCACCAUUCCCACCCUUGCCUCUACCCCCAACGCCAACCCAACCUAUAACCUAUACUUUUGGUACACAUCGCACAAGACCCCACACAACACUCUCUUUUGCCCAGCGUGUACAGCAUCUCAUAGAGGCCCUGAAGGUGAGGACUUACCCUGUGCAUGAUUCCUCACAUUACGGUGGACCAAUGAACUACCAACGCCUCUCCACUUUCGAGCCUCUCUCCAACAAACCCAGCGAGCCCCUCCUUCACUCCUGAGAAAAGAGAAAUGAAAUAAAGCAUAUAUUUGUAUAUAAAUAUAUAUACACACGAGGGCAUGCUUUCUGGACUUCUGCCUUCCCCAACUCCACCCAAACCUCCCGCCAUCAAACCUAUCCCCUCCCCCCCUUCACCCUCAAAUAAAAUGGAAUUGCUCAUA